UAAUUCCAGCUAAUGGGAGGAUGAACGUGACUGUGAAGUUUACACCCUUUCAGUAUGGCACUGCACAAAUGAGAAUGCGCUUAUGGAUUUCACAGUUCAACUCUCAACCCUACGAAUGUGUCUUCACGGGGACGUGCUGUCCCAACAUGGCUCUGAAAUUAGAAGAAUUCGAAAGGCUGAGUGCUCUUUCUAAGAAAGUAGACAUCCCUCCAGAAAAGGCAAUGACACGUAUAAACUUUCACCGACGGCCAGCCCGGACGAAGCCUCCAAAGCUUAAGGAAAUUGAAUAUCAGAACUUGAGAUUUCCAGUAGACUUAUCAAAUCCAUUUGCUGUGGCAACCGUUUUAAACCAAGAACCAGGAAAAUUGAAGAUUAAAGAAUUGAGAGAAGUUUUGGACCAAGGCAAUGAGAUUUCAAGGACAAGACAGAUGAAGGAAGCACUCUUUGAACAGAAAGUCAGACAGGACACUUAUGAAGAGAUCAAAAAUCACCUUAAGUGGCAAGUGCACCUUGGUAAAGAUCAAAUGUCUUUUAAAUUCAAAACAGACCUUACAGAAGAGCGGCAAAGAGUAAACACCAAAUAUAAGCUGGAUAGAGGAGAUCCUGUUUUGGAUGAGGAAUUUCAGCGACUCAAGACAGAAGUUAACCACACACGGGUUGUUCGCAAUCUGGAAGAAAAAAUCCAGGAAUUUCAUCCCAGUUUUGAUCCACUCACGAAUAAUACUUGGGUCAACAGGUUCAGGGCGCAAAGACGGUUUCAACAAGCAGCACGCAAGAUCAUGGUUCAUCAACGACUACUCAGUAUGUUGAGUGCUGUUCAUGACAUGGACAAAGGGACCAUCCUCAGAAGGCUCACUAAAGGACAACAGUCAAUAGCACCAGACAAGAGUCCCUCCAGAUUUCUGCCGCUGAUCGGUCACGACGAUUAUUCCAGGCGGUUUUCGGUGUCGCCCAGGGAAGUCCUGCCCUUCGCCUUCCCGUCCCACAGUGCUCCUCAGGACUCCAACGAGUUGGCUCCCGAUGGCCUUGGCCCAGUCCCAAUCAAAUCUUCAGAAAUUCCAAUCAAGCAGAGUUAUUCCUUCCUCAAGCUGCAGAUCAUACUGUGUGGAAUACUGUGUGUAUUUUUCUGCUGUUAUUUUACGGUUCCUGAGCUGUACAAAAUCAAGGGGUAUCAGCCAUUCUGUGUCCAGAAGUCUUCCACAAGUUACAGACCUCAAAAGCUUGCUCGAGCCCUGAAGCAAGGAGCUGAGGAUGAAGCCACCACCAUCAUAGCCCUGCCGAGCCAGGAGGCCGCACCUCAGCUGGCCGGCAAGACCUCGGUCCUGAGCAUGAAACCCCCAGAGGCCUUAGCCAGCUCUCCAGACUACGACCCGCUUUAUAUUUUUAAUCCCAGUCCAGGAGUAUUUGCUGUAAAGCACCCUCUGACCUACGCAGAAACCUUGAUAGAUUACCACCUGUGUUCUCACCCCAAGUACAAGGUCACCAAGGAGUCCCACGAUGGGUCCAGCAUUCCUCUCACCCAAAAGCAGUUUCUCCAUCACACGGACAUAAUUCCUGGAAUAAUGCACUGGAAGAGGUUCCAGCCCCUGGUUUUCUCAUCCCUGCCUGAAACCUCUAAGGUAGAGACCACACAAAGCUGCGACCCCUUCGAGGUGGCCCUGCUGCCCGCGCACGUGCCCGCUACGCUGGACGCCCUGCCCGAGGAGGACAGACUGGAAGCCGCCGAACGGUACCUGCGACCGUCGGGCUGGACGCGGUCCGCUUCCCGGCAGCGCGCGGGGCUGAGGGCCUCGCAGAGCCGGCGCCUGAGCCCGCGGCCCGACGGUGCGCUGAGCCCGCUGCCCGACCGAGGGGACGCUGGGCUCGCGCGCGCCGGGCUGCCGGCUCCGGGAACUCGAGGGCUGGGCGGAAGGGGCGCUGAAGGGGCCGAGGAGCCUUCUGGUCUCAGGGACGGGGCGAGGCGGAGGGGACGCUGAAGGGGCCGAGGAGCCUCCGGGUCUCAGGGGCGGGGCGGGGCGGGGCUGCGCGGAGGGGGCACUGGAGGGGCCGAAGGGCCUCCAGGUCGGGGGCGGGGGCGGGGCUUGCGCGGUGGGCGGGGCUUGGAGGGGCGUGGAGAAUCCGGCCCCAGACCGCAGCGCUUGCGUUGAUUUGACGGUGAACGUCGGACAGCCGGUGGAGGCGCGUCCUUGGGCCUGCCGUCGCCGUGCGCGCUUACACGUCGUUCCACGCGCACAGUGCGUGAGUGAGAUCCUCACCAUCUGAGGCGCACACCCGGGUUUGUGGGACCCGCCCACGGGCACCGUCCUUGGUGACCCUCGCGCGGCAGAGCUCGGAGUCCCGGGCUGAGAGGGAGGCCUAGCGUCUGUCCUCUCGCCGCCGCCUGAGGCGCUUCCCCGCGAGGCCGCCCCGGGGCAGGACGCGCCCGGUUCCGUGAGGCUCGAGGGACAGUCCUGUCUGCUGGGGCCGCCGGGGAGCCGCUCGGCUGCCCGGAACCCGGCUGCCCUCGUCCCUUCGGCGCUCGGGUGCGGACCGCGGUGACUCCGGGUCCUCGUGUCUGCGGCGGGAACUGUAGCCCCCGGCACAGGGGCUGUCAGUCAGGGGAGCUCGUGGGGACCGGCGAGCGGGGCGGUCACCAGAGGGGCGACGCGGACGGAGCGCUCGCGGGAAA